UCGCGGUGCGGGGCGGGCGCCAUGGCGGAGGCCGGGGACAGCGGCGGCGGCGGCGGCGGCGAGGCCGGGCCGGGCUCCCUGCCGCUUCCCUGCCUCUUCCCGCCGGGAUCCACCGCCACCCCGCGCCACCUGCCCGCGCCCUGCGCGCCGCAGCGCUGCCGGGACCCCUUCGUGCGCCGCCGCGCUGGACGGGGCGACGAGGAGGAGGAUGAGGAGGAAGAGGAGAAGGUGGUGUCAGCCGAAACCUCGCUGCUGAACAAGCUGAUCCGCACGUCCCUGGUGGAGUCCAGCCACGCCGUGGAGAUCCUACAGCGGGACCCCAACUCCCCCCUCUACUCCAUCAGGACCUUCGAGGAGCUGCCCCUGAAAAAGGAGCUUUUGCAAGGGAUUUACAUGAUGGGCUUCAACAGACCAUCCAAAAUCCAGGAGACGGCUCUGCCGAUGAUGCUGGCGUACCCGCCCCAAAAUCUGAUUGCCCAGAGCCAGUCAGGGACAGGGAAAACAGCAGCUUUUGUCUUGGCCAUGCUGAGCAGAGUUAAUGCCACCGAGAAAUACCCGCAGUGCCUCUGCUUGGCUCCCACCUACGAGCUGGCGCUGCAGAUCGGGUGCGUGAUCGAGGCCAUCGGGCGCUUUUGUGCCGACAUCAAGGUGACGUACGCGGUGCGGGGGAACCGAGUCCCGCAGGGCACUGUGCUGAAGGAGCAGAUCGUCAUCGGCACGCCGGGAACGAUGCUGGAUUGGUGUUUCAAGCGGAAGGUUGUGGACGUGAAGAAGAUCACCCUCUUCGUGCUGGAUGAAGCCGACAUCAUGAUCGACACGCAGGGCCUCUCCUUUCAGAGCAUCCGCAUCCAGAGGGCUCUCCCCAAGAGCUGCCAGAUGCUGCUCUUCUCGGCCACCUUCAAGUCAACCGUGCGGGAAUUCGCCGGGCAAAUCGUCUCCAACCCCAUCAUGAUCAAGCUGCGGGAGGACGAGCUCACCCUCAGCAACAUCCGACAGUACUACUUUGUGUGCAGGAGCAGGGAGGAGAAGUACGAAGCUCUCUGCAACAUCUACGGCAGCAUCACCAUCGGCCAGGCCAUGAUCUUCUGCCAGACGCGGAGGAGCGCCGACUGGCUGGCAGUGGCCAUGACCCAGGAUGGACACCAAGUUGCCAUCCUGACAGCAGAGCUGACGGUCGUCCAGCGUGCCAACGUCAUCCAGCGCUUCCGCAGCGGGAAGGAGAAGGUCCUCAUCGCCACCAAUGUCUGUGCCAGAGGGAUCGACGUGCAGCAGGUCACCAUCGUGGUGAACUUCAGCCUGCCCACCAACCAGCAGGGAGAGCCCGACUUCGAGACCUACCUGCACCGCAUCGGGCGCACGGGGCGCUUCGGGAAGAACGGCAUCGCCUUCAGCAUGCUGCAGAGCCAGGACGUGGCGCUCGUGGAGAUGAUCGAGGAGCAUUUCCGGAAAAGCAGGUUCCCAAAACCUUUCGGUGUGUGGAAACCCACGUCCCUUCCUCAGUGCUGCCCAACCAUCCCGGCAGCUUUAAAUCCAAAUCCCAAAGGAGCCCCUGGCAGAGCACACGUGAGCCAAGUACCCCGGCAAAGGCUUUUCCAAGCAGCAGAAGCCCUGGAUAACUGCAGCGAGCAGCUGGAAUACCGAGGAGGCUGAGCCCGACCAUGGAAUUGGCCAGAGGAGCCCAGCAUGGGAUGGGAAUCCAAAUGGAUGAGCUUUUUGACACCGUGACCUGAGGCUGGGGCUUCCCAACGAGGACAACGACCCUCUUCCCAGCCGGCAUCGCCUGGGAGGUGGGAGCAGGGCCUCAAACCUCCCCCAAGCUGCUGCCUCUCGCUUGGGCCGCCUCUCGCUUCCGCAGCAGCCGCCCUCCAGCCGCUCCAUGGAAUUCCCAGCGCCGGGAGCUUCCCGGCCCGUGGUGCAUGCAGGCAGUGCUAAUGCCAGCUCCUGGCCUCGCUGGGAUCCUUUGCCCAAGCUCUGACACGUUCUCUUUCUGGUUUCCCUUCCUACAGAGACCAGGAUCAAGCGGUUGGACCCAGGUGACAUGGAGGAGAUCGAGAAGCUUGAAAACUGAGUGAGGAAAACUCACCAGAUCCCAGUUUUGGUUCCGGACGAGGCAAAGUUCCCGGGAAAACAAUCCCCCAGUUGUCUUGCAGCUCCCUGGAGCUGUUUGGUUUUGUUGUGAUGCUUGAGAAGACGGCGCAGUUAGAGCCA